AUGGGAUCUGGACGCCGAGAUGCGGCGUGCUAUCGAUCGUGCGAUGAUGGGCUAGCGGACGUGUAUCGCCGCGUCUCUGCGUCUAGGUCACAUGGGGUGAAUCCUUCCUACGAGGAAGUAGAGGAGUGGAGGGCCGAGGCUGUCGAGCGGCGGUUCCGGGAGUGGGAACGCCGGCUCGAGGAGCCCAGCGCGGGUGAGAGGACGGUUGCGGCCAUACGUCCAGUCCUCCAAGAGUGGUGCGACAGGCGGCACGGGGCCAUAACCUUCCGCCUUACGCAGAUACUGUCCGGGCACGGCUGCUUCGGGCGGUACCUGUGUAAAGUCGCGAGGAGGGAGCCCAGCAUGGUCUGCCACUAUGGUGUGCCUGGCCGGAGGACACGGCAGAUCACACUCUUACCGUGUGCCCCGCGUGGGCCGAGCCUCGUGCUCGCUUAG